AUGACAAAUGUAAAAAUACGAACAAAUUUAAGUAGUCCAUGGAAAGGUAAUAAGCAUAGUAAUGAUAAACAAAUAAACCAAAGUUUACAGUCAAAUAAAGAAAAUCCCAAUCAUUAUAAUCAUAAAGAUAAUAUUCCUUAUUAUAAUAUAGCUAAACCAGAUCCUGCUGCAUUCAAUUCAAAUGGUCUUGUAUCAAAAAUUUCACGUCUUUCUUCAUCGUCGUCACAUUCUUCAUCACGCCAUAACAAGAUAACAAUACCAAAUACCCCUGUGAAAAAAUCUCCAAGAAUUCAUGCAAAUAGUGAUUUCUCAACUUUGGAUUCGAGUAUAAUGGAGUUUAGAGAUGGAAAUACUACCACUUAUGAUAGUUAUAUAAAUAAUAAUGAUAAUAAUCAUACAAAUACGACAAAUGUUUCAUCAUCUCUUCUUUUACAAUCUCCAUCUUUGAAAAAAGUACCUAAAAUACAAAUAUCGGAUAAUUUUACUUCUCCAUCACGAAAUAAACAAAAUAUAAGCUAUUCAAAAAAUGAACGUUCUAGUUCUUCCCUGUUAGAUUAUCCUCAUUUGCAAUAUCAUUCUUACAACAAUACAGAUAGUGAUAAUCAUAACCAUUCUACAAAGAAAUAUAAGAAAAUGAAAAAAUCCAGAAAUUCAAUAAUACUAAAUAACACUGGUUUAUCUAACUCUUUACAACAAUUUACGGAUGAUCUUUAUGGAACUUCUCUUCCGACGACAACUAACUUCUUUUUGUCCAAUAAUAAUAAUAAUAAUAAUAGUACCUUACAAAUAGGUACAGAUAACCAUUCUCAUAAAAAAAAUAAUAAUCUAAUGAAAUCUCCUUUGUCAAAUAAUACCAGCAAUGAGAAACACCGCCAUCUAAUCAUCUCUCCAAUAAAAGAAAUAGAUUUUGAUAAAGAUAAUACUGGUAAUGACGAUGAUGACAAUGAUGGGUAUCAAUAUAUUGAAGAAGCUGAUCUAACUACUCCAACAAGACGUAAAUCAGUAAGUGGCUCAAAACCAACUCCAUUCACAACUAAUAUUUCCAAAUUACCUCCAUCGCCAUUGAAUAGAACCAGUAAAAGGCAUAUCAAUGCAACUAUCACAACAGUAGACUCCUCCACAAAACCUCCUGCUACCACGCCCAUGGCAGAAUUAAAUCCAGAUUCACAUCUUUUCGAAAAAUUUUCUAAUGUCCAUAAAAUCGGCUCAGGUGAAUUCUCAUCCGUUUAUCAAGUUACAUUCACAAUGACGAAUAAAAAAUACGCUGUCAAAUCAUUAAAUUCAAAUAAACAUAACACUACAAUUUCCAAAAUACUACAAGAAAUUAAAAUAUUAGAUGAAAUUAGAUCUUCAGAAUUAGACCACGAGGGAAAAGAAUAUGUCAUAGAUUUUAUAAGUUCAUGGAAAUUUCAAAAUUCAUUCUAUAUAAUGUUUGAUUAUUAUGAAAAUGGUAACUUGGACACUUUCUUACAAGAACAUAUCAUUUGUAAGUUGAUCAAAUUGGAAGAAUGGAGAAUUUGGAAAAUUAUUGUUGAAUUAAGUCUGGCUUUGAGGUUUAUUCAUCAAUCUUGUCAAAUUGUUCAUUUGGAUAUAAAACCAGCAAAUAUUAUGAUCACUUUUGAAGGGAAUUUGAAAUUAGGAGAUUUUGGAAUGGCUACUCAUUUACCCAUCGUUGAUGACAGUUUUGAAAACGAAGGUGACAGAGAAUAUAUUGCACCAGAAAUUAUUUCUGAUUGUAUAUAUGAUUUCAGAGCUGAUAUAUUUUCUUUGGGUUUAAUGGUUGUGGAAAUUGCAGCAAAUGUCAUGCUCCCGGAUAAUGGUAUCGCUUGGCAUAAAUUAAGAUCUGGUGAUUUAUCAGAUGCUGGUAAAUUAAGUUCAACAAAUUUACAUUCUGAUUCGUUGUUUUCCAAUCCUGCUAAAGUAGACACAAAUUUAACAGAUUAUUCUUAUACUAUAAAUUCAAAUAUAGAAAGUGAAGAAAACGGAUCACAUACAAAAAGCAGUAAUAAUAUUGAAUCAAUAAGCAAGUCAAAAAUCCCUGCCUGGGUUCCUAAAUUUUUAAUUGAUGGUGAAUCCCUGGAGAAAAUGGUAAAAUGGAUGAUCAAUCCUGAUUAUAAAAAAAGACCUACUGCAGAUCAAAUUUUAAAUACUGAAGAAUGCAUUUAUGUUGAAAUGACUCGAAAAGCUGGUGCCAUUAUCCAGGAAGAUGAUUACGGGCCCAAGCCUAACUUUCUCACUUAG